UUAACUAAUCCUGAGUAAGGUGGCCACUUUGACAGUCUUCUCAUGCUGCCUCUGGCACCUUCUCGGUCAGAAGACAUCACUUCAACUCUAACACAGCAUGAUCGAAACGUACAGCCAACCUUCUCCUCGCUCUGUGACCACUGGACCACCCGUCAGUAUGAAAAUUUUUAUGUAUUUACUUACAGUUUUUCUUAUCACCCAGAUGAUUGGGUCAGCACUGUUUGCUGUGUAUCUUCACAGAAGAUUGGACAAGAUAGAAGAUGAAAGGAAUCUUCAUGAAGAUUUUGUGUUCAUGAAAACGAUACAGAGAUGCAACAAAGGAGAGGGGUCCUUAUCUUUACUGAAUUGUGAGGAAAUUAGAAGCCAGUUUGAAGACCUGGUCAAGGAUAUAAUGCAAAGCAAAGAAGUGAAGAAGAAAGAAAAUAACUUUGAAAUGCACAAAGGUGAUCAGGAGCCUCAAAUCGCGGCCCACGUCAUCAGUGAGGCCAGCAGUAAAACAGCAUCUGUUCUACAGUGGGCCCCCAAAGGAUACUACACCCUAAGCAGCAACUUGGUCACCCUGGAAAACGGGAAACAACUGGCCGUUAAAAGACAAGGACUCUAUUACAUCUACGCCCAAGUCACCUUCUGUUCCAAUCGAGAAGCUUUGAAUCAAGCGCCUUUCAUAGCCAGCCUCUGCCUGAGGUCCACAGGUGGAUCGGAGAGAAUCUUACUCAGAGCUGCAAACACCCACAGUUCCUCCAAACCUUGCGGGCAGCAAUCCAUUCACUUGGGAGGAGUCUUCGAAUUGCAAGCCGGUGCUUCGGUGUUUGUCAACGUGACUGAUCCGAGCCAAGUGAGCCACGGGACAGGCUUCACGUCUUUCGGCUUACUCAAACUCUGACCGGUGUAAGCUGGCAGGCUGUGGCUGGGCUGAUGCUGGCAGCCUUCACCAUACAGCAAAGCAGUUAGGACCACCCCCUGUUGAACUGCCUAUUUAUAAUCCCAGGACCCUCCUCAUGGAAAACUAUUUAUUAUACAUCCCGAGGCAUGUAGGGCUGCAAUGAGUGACUUAUGGGACAGGUGAGACCCAAACAGGCCCUGUUCCUUAAGAGCUUAUAGUCCGAAGCGGCAGCCCCACUGAUGCAGACACCCGGAGAGUCCUAUGAAAUGACGAGGCCAUUGCACACAGGUUGAAUUCUGAGUAAACAGCAGAAAAUUAGCCAAGUUUAGUUGUGUUUCUUUGCAUGCAGGGUCUUUCAGUGGAGAAUGUAUUUAAUUCCUCGGUCAAGAUGCCGAAGGGAAAGAGGGAGCCUCAGGUCACAUUCAGUUCUGGUUGGUUCUGGGUCCCUGUGACCCCGAAGGAGGGGGCAGACUUUAGAAAGUGUAAUACGGUGGAGAAACAAAAACCUGUCCCCCACCAGCCACCCGGACCUUCAUUCUCUUUCUCUCAUUCUCUCUUCCUCUCUCAUACACACACACACACGCACACACACACACACACACACACACACUCACUCACUCACACACAGAGUCAGGCUGUUGCUAAUCAAGUGUCUUAUUUCAACCUGGUUUGUCUCCACCGCUGUCGAUGGGACGGGGCGGGGCAGAGAGGGCCGCUCAGAGCCUGCCCCCUCCUCCUCCAGAAAUGACUGUAUUUAAAGGAAAUCUAUUGUAUCUACCUGCAGUCCCCGUUGUUUCCAAAGUGAACCUGUGAUUAUCUUGUUAUUUAUUUUGUGAGUAAUAAAGACCUCUUAACAUUA